AGUGUCACAUCAAAUAAAUAAUUCAUGAAGGUUAAAAUAUACGUGUUUUAUUAUUAUUUCAAGCUGUUGGUAGAUCAAAAUCAAAAUAGUAAUUAUUCUGAAUAAUGAUCGUUUCCAGUUGGUAUUGAUGACAAGUAAAAAGUGGCAUAAGGAUUUUUCUAGAAUCAUAAAUAAAAAAUUAUAUCAGGUGAUCUAAAAACGAGAUGACCAUUAUUGAGGGGAUAGGCGACGAAGUUACACAUUUUUUUAUUGCAUUGUUUGUUAUUGUUAUAGGAACUGUUGCUUGGUGGACUACUAACAUAUCUGAACAAAGGUAUAUUAGGACUGUAGUGUUACUGGAAAGAAGAAGACACAGAGCCCAUCGGAGAUUAACAAACCAUACCGAAUCUGUUACUAUUACUGAAGGAUCGAGUAGUACUUCUCAGACUGAAGAAAAUACACCUGAUCUUUCCGCUGAAACAGAUGCAGUAUUAGCUCGAGCUCGAGCUCCAAAUGGCAAUAAACCCCCUGAGCCUAGAUCAGAAGAAGAUUUAAUUGCUCCUGAAAUUCCCAGUACUAUAUUAGAAGAUAGUCGAGGCGAAGAAGAAGAAAGUAUCAUUGAAACCAUGGAUGCUGAUGCUAAUAUCGUUAGACAAAGAAGAUUAGCUUUUUAUACUGGUUUUUCAAAUGAAAAUCAAGAACCCACUAGUUCCCAAACAGAAUCGUUUAGACAAAAUACUAAUUCGCCACAAAACUCUAGUUCUUCUUCAGAUGUAGAGCCUAGUGCCCCUCCACCGGAAGAAAGUGCUCCACCUAAAAGUGAGGAUACUACUAGCAAUACAAGAAUAACAGUGAAAUUAAAAUACAUAAACGACGAUCUAAAAUUAGUUGAAGGAAAUUUAAACGAAUCUCUUGGAGAAUUUAAAAAGAGAAAUUUCGUGCCAGAAUUAUCCUCAAAUAAAUUGAUACGGUUAAUAUUCAAUGGGCAGGUCCUUCAACCAGAUACGCAAACCUUGAAAAAUUGUGGACUGUUUGAUAAUUGUGUCGUCCAUUGUUUGAUACACCAAAAGAGGGCUCAACCGAAUCGGUCUAGUGGUACCGAAAGCAGAAGAGAAGGAUAUUCUUUUCCAAAUACAAAUGGUUCGGCCAACAAUAACAAUAAUCAAAAUAGGGAUUGGGACUUAGGAAAUUUCCUGUUUGGCUUUAUUAGUAUUAUACUGUUAGCGGCUUGGUAUUUUAGUUUCUAUUUUAUGGAUGGCCCUUCAUUAUGACCUUUGAGAAUGCAUCAUUUAUUUGUACUGGUGAAUUGGUAGGAUACAGUUUUUUUUAAGCUGCACAAUUUAAGAUUUGUUCUUAAGUACUAAAUGAUGCUAUUAUAAGGAUGCUAAUGUGGAUAAAGGGUACGUCUAUGCUCAUUUGUACACAGUAACAGCUACAGUAGGCUUGAUUUUAAUAACUGGUAUUUUUACCAUAGUUUUAGUAGGAAUGUACUUUCCAGACACUGAGCAGUUCCCAAAUCCUGCAUUUCACAUAAGGGAGAGAACGACGCCACAAACGGAGUAAAAAAUAAAGAAUGUGCUUAAUUUGUUUUUUUUUUUCUAUUUAAUAUUUCACUUUUUAUUUGUGAUCAGGAACAUGUUGAGUUUAUAUAAACUUUGUAUAAUAUUAUUUAAGUUGAAAUUUUAUAUUUUAGUUACUUAUAAAAUAAAUUAUUUAUU